GGUUGCGCGCGCUCUCUGCGUGUGAAGGCGCUGAGGGAGAACUAAAAUAUUAGACUAGAGAGCCGAGGCGCUGAAAGGCUUAGUUUGUCGCGGAGAGUGCUUAUCACCGGUUGGAGCAUUGCUGUCGUUGCCAACCACGUUAUUGCCGAUUUAUUCAGGCAAAAUAAAAUCGCCUGAAGUGAUGCUACACAUCAAGCGCUGGCUGCUGCUGGCGCUAUUUCUAGGCGCACUUUGUUCUGGAGCUUUGUCUGCACGAUGCGACCGGGAACCUGAGGGUCGCCUCACCUCCAAGUCAGCCAUCGAUGGAAGGUUCAGGAUCAAAGUCAGCGGCAACCCUGAGAAAUACGUACCUGGCGAGGUGUACACGGUGACCCUGCAGGGCGCGCGCAACCAGCAAGUGCCGCAGAAGUUCACCGGUUUCAUGCUGUCGGUGGAGCCGCUGAGCAAUGGAGCGGCCGCCGACACUGCAGUUGGACACUUCCAACUGUUUGGGGACGCUCUGACCAAGUUCAGCGAGAAGUGUCCCAACACGGUGUCACAGACAUCUUCCAUGCCAAAGUCCGAGAUCCAGGUGCUCUGGACCGCACCGCUAACGCCCGGAAGCGGAUGUUUAGUCUUUAGAGCCACGGUGGUAGAGCACCGCGACGUUUGGUACCAGGACGACGGGCCUCUGAGCAAAAUUCUUUGUGAGGACGUGCAAGAAAGCCUGGACGAGCAGCCGCAAAUAAUCGACCCCUGCUGUGCCUGCGACGAAGCCAAAUACGAGGUGACUUUCGAGGGUCUCUGGUCGAGACACACUCACCCGAAAGAUUUCCCCACUAACGGGUGGCUCACCCGUUUUAGCGACGUCAUCGGCGCAUCGCACACGGUUGAUUACAGGUUUUGGGAGUACGGCGGCAUUUCUUCCGAAGGGGUGCGCCAAGUGGCCGAAAAGGGGUCGACCCGUAUGUUAGAGAGCGAGCUUAAGUCUGAGAGCGAACACAUAAGGACAAUCAUUAAGGCCAGGGGUAUAAGUUACCCCAACGUUACUGGAAAAACCUUUGCCGUUUUCAGGGUUGACAAACAUCAUCAUCUCAUGUCAUUAAUUUCAAUGAUUGAUCCAUCGCCUGAUUGGAUUGUUGGUGUUUCUGGGCUGGAGCUGUGUUUGAAAAACUGCAGCUGGGUCGACUCCAAAGUGCUCAACCUUUACCCUUGGGACGCGGGUACGGACAGCGGCGUGUCUUACAUUUCACCGGACCAGCCAACCAACCCCAGGGAACCCAUCAGAAGGAUAACAUCCAGCUUCCCCAACGACCCCAGAUCGCCGUUUUAUGACCCCACCGGCGUCGAAAUGAAACCACUGGCGCGCCUUUACAUCACGAGGCAAAGACUUUACGAGAAGAGCUGCCUCGAAGACGGCGCCAAAGCGAGCCAGGAGGUCCCCGAAGAAGAGUCAGGCGAACAAAGAAACCCUUUGUACCACCUGCGAGUAGACGAGUGUCGCGUGGGCGACUGGUCCGAUUGGUCUCCAUGCUCGGCCUCGUGUGGCCGCGGAAUGAAGCACCGCCAGCGCUUCUACUCAAACCAGGUGGAGGCCGAGAUCAACAUGUGUGACCGCCAAUUGACCUCUCGAAUGUCCUGCACCGGAGAACACCCUUCUUGCAGUUUAGGAGAACCAAAGCCGGGCACGACAAGCGAUAACCCCAUGUGCGCCACCACUGAUUGGGGUCAGUGGUCCUCGUGCUCCGUGACCUGCGGCAGAGGAGUUCGCACAAGAUCAAGACGUUACAUCAACAGGCAUGUGCGAAAAAUGUGCAACGUUGAAUUGCGCCAGACGGAAGUGUGCUUUGGUGAAGAGGAAUGUGAAAAUGGAGCAGUCACUGACGAAACGAAUUUGCCUUCCUACUGUAGAACAACCUCUUGGAGCGAGUGGGGCCCUUGCAGCGUGAGCUGCGGCCAGGGUCUUCAGCUCCGUUCAAGGCUUUACCAAAGCCAGAGCCCAAUGACCCAGCAAUGUGGCCUGCCAAUGGUGGAGCAGGUCGAGUGUCAGGCUGAGUUGGCGGACUGCGACCUUGGCCCUGAGGACGCCAAGUCCGUGUGCCAACUGGAAAAGGAAGUUGGGCCCUGUCGCGGGUACUACCCUCGUUGGUACUUUGACCCUUUGACGGAGGAGUGCCAGCAGUUUGUGUUCGGUGGCUGCAGAGGCAACAGGAACAACUUCGAAACGCAGGAAGAGUGCGAAUCAACUUGCGCCGAAGUCAAAGACGGUGACGACACCACGGAUAAAACUUCUUUUGGAAACAUUGACCUUGACAACCGCGUGGCAAACGUGACAAGGGUGUAUGAGCCGUACCCAACUCCAAUGGGACAAGUCUUCCCCGUCACAGCCAUCGUUGGUGCCAAAGUGGACUGUGAGGUUUCGGGAUGGUCUGAUUGGUCUGCAUGCACAGCCACGUGUGGAAAGGGGUGGAAAAACAAGUGGAGGAAAAUCAAGGUGCAUCCCAAAAAUGGAGGCAAGCCCUGCCCAAAAAGGCUGCUGAAGAGGAGAAAGUGCAAAGAACGCUCAUGUGAUGGCAGCGAUGAUGACCACCCAGAUGACACCCUUCCCACCUGGGGUGAAGCUUUGAUCAGACCGAAAGAAGGCGGCUUGAAGGGAGGAGGCGAUUGCAAGCUUUCUCAGUGGAGCCCUUGGUCACCGUGCUCCCAGUCAUGCGGAGCCAACGCUAUGGAGCAGAGGACGCGAAGUGUCAUUUCGCCUCCUUGGGGCGACGGACUGCCCUGCGGCCCGAGACUGCAGAGGCGCCCGUGCGCUCUUCUGCCAUGCCCUCGCUAACCCACGGGGUCCACACCCUGACCCUGGCACACACACACAAAUACUCCCUCUUUAGAGAUAGUGAUUUUUCGGACUUAACAUUUUUCACUCUCCAGGCAAAGCAUUUAACCUUUUAAGUACAUCUACGGGAGGCACUAACGUUGUGUAUUAUUAAUUAUUAUUAAUGAUGAUUUGCAGUCUACCCAAAUAUAAAUAUAACUAUUUUGAUUUCGUAAUAGAA